AUGCCUUCCACCGACCAAACCAUCGUUCUCAUCACCGGCGCAAAUGGCGGCAUCGGUUUCUCCCUCGCCACCCAACUCCUCGAAAACGCCAAAUACCUCGUCCUCCUCGGCAGUCGCUCCGCUGAGAAAGGCGAAGCCGCUGUGAAACAGCUCCAGGGAAAAGAAUUGCCUGGGAAAGUGGAGUUGUUGCAGAUUGAUGUGAGCGACGAGAAGAGUAUCCAGAACGCGAAGGAUGUGGUCGAGGAGAAGUAUGGUCGCAUCGACGCCCUCGUAAACAACGCCGCCAUAACCGGCGAAGCACCCGCCUCCGCCUCUCUCGCCACACGCAUGACAUCCGCGUUCCUAACCAACGCCACCGGUCCAGCCGUCAUCGUAGAAACGUUCGCUCCUCUUCUCGCGAAGAGCGCUGAGAUGGGGAAGACGUCGCGGAUCCUUAAUGUGUCGAGUGGAGCCGGGAGUAUCGGGCUCAGGAGUGACAGGACGAACCCGCAUCAGGCCAUGAAAAAUUUGCCAUACCGCAGUUCCAAAGCGGCGCUGAACAUGCUUACUGCAUGCCAGGACUACGAGUACGGACCCAAGGGGUGGAAGGUGUUUUGCUUCUGUCCGGGGUUCACGGAGAGUAACUUGGGGCCUAGGAACAAACCGGAGCAUGGGGCUAAGCCUACCAGUGAGGGCGCGAAGCCCAUGGUUGCUAUCUUGGAAGGCGAGAGGGAUGAUGAGUGUGGGGGGUUCUUGAAGGCGGAGGGGGGUUGGCCUUGGUAG